UCGCUGGAGUUUAAGCUCACGCAAAAGCAUGAGUGACCGCGGGGUUUAGUGCCGGAAUCGUACCAAAGGCAACAACAAACGGCGAGACUUCAAUCCAGCGGGCCAACAACCAUUUAGGACCAAUUUUACACGCGGCAGAAAGUGCAGUUCUAUCGUUAGUCGCAUCCAGAGCGCGCAUUGUUUUAUCGUGCGGAGUAAGCAUUGGAGCAUUUUGGUGGUGCCUUUCCCGCGAGAAGCUGUAACUGCACGUGUACAAAACUAGGAAAUUCACGUGCAAUGUUGAGUUUUACAUCGCAAACGCAUCCUCCGCGUAUGCUGAUAGAGAAGAUCCUGCUGGAAGAGAUGUAAAAACAGAACAAGUGGAAAACAAAAGCGUACAUACACGCGCAAACACACAUACACAUACAAUCCUCACUAUUCUAUUCUAUACACAGUACUUUUUACUGCUUACCAUAUCUAAAUACUCAACUUUUGGCUGUUUGGAACGAGAUUUACCGCGUGAAACAUAUUCACAUUUUACAAUUUACUUGGAGCUGUUUUAGUACCGGAAAACUCUACCUGCUGUGCUCUCCCUCAGUAUUAUUAUCGAAUUUAGAGAAAAACCCGAGCGCAUACCUUUUGCGGCGCACGUGUAUUUAUCUUCCGAAAAAACCGAAUGCAUAUCAGUAGCAAUAGCGUUAGGACAUCUGUAUUAGGCUGUGGGAAAGUUUGGUGCUAGGGACGAGUAUCCGGAAGUAUUCGCCGCAAAACCGCUUCAAAACAUUUAGCAGGGCGUCGUGACGUGUGUUUAUCAACAAGUGGAGUAGUGAAGCGCACACACAUUGGCUGUCGUCGUACAUCGUGAAUUCUGUUAUUACGGUAGUGGAGGAUCUAGUGUCCUUUCGUCGUCAUCGUCGAACCUUUAGUGUUGUAUUGGUUAGCUUUGCCAAAACAAAUUCUUCCCGACGACGUCUUCCCACGUUGGUACAUAUCACCGGUGCACCGAAGGCCGGUACAGUUACCCAGCUUUUCAUCUAAAUACGCCACGACCCUACAAUGAAGCGCAGGAACGACUACAAGGUUGCGAUGGCCGAAAGUGUCGAGCUGGAGCCGCUGGGCGGCAUGGACAAACUUUCGGAGACAGACAGCAAGAAAAGGAACGGCAUAAAUAAAUUCGGUGGCGACAGCUCUUCACGACCGGUUCGCGAUGGCGUUGCCGUUUGUUCACAGAAACGAGCACUGUUUGUGACAGCAAUAGUGCUGGGAACAUUACUAGCAACGGCCCUAGUGAUAGCGUACGCCGGUCCACAAACAGUUUGUCCAUGUGCAGGAAAAAUACCGCCCGGGUACGUGCCCGAUGGUUACAACAGCUCGGAACCGUUUCAACCGAUCGCAACCAACGGUCAACCGUUCCCGUGGCUGCUACCAACGUUACCGAACAAUGUGAAACCAAAUCGGUACAUUCUAACAAUACAUCCCAAUCUAACGACGCUCGAUGUAAAAGGUCAAGUAUCGAUAGAGCUGUACGUGGAGAAGGAGACGAACUUCGUGGUCUUGCACGCACAGGAUCUCAACAUUACCGAGAAGGCAUUGGUGGGCCCGAAAGGAUUUGCGUUGAAAAUUCUCCGUAUGCUUGAGUAUACGCCACGCCAACAGCUAUACAUCGAGACACGAGAAAAGUUGCGGAAAAAGGCGAACUACACGCUCAGCAUACGAUGGCAUUCGAAAAUGAUUCUGGAUCAAUUCGAAGGAGAUUUCGAUAUGAAAAAGACAUUAGCCGCAACGGUUUUGAAACCCGGCAGCACAAGAAAGGCGUUUCCUUGCUUCGAUGAGCCACAUUUGAGAGCAGCAUUUAAAAUAUCGCUCUUCCGCGAUAGAUUCCACAUAGGCUUGUCCAACUCUAUUGUACAGGAUACGGACGAUGUUGGCUUUUACAUGGGAACGGGAUUGCUUAGAGACGAUUUUGCCGAAACACCACCACUUCCACCAGAUUCGGUUUCGUGGGUCAUCAGUGACUUUAAGCGGGAAUUACUUGAACCAUCGGCAAAGUAUCAAAAAGUUAACGCUAGUACCAAUGGUGCUCCAGGUACAGGCACCGGCAAACCAUCGGCCGGUACAGCUGGAGCAAGUAUGGGGAAUGGAAAAUCGAUCACAUCCAAGGUGGCCAAAACGGACAAAAAACCUUUCCGCCAUCUGACUGCAGUUUUGUUGUCGAAGAAUUUGUUCAAGCUCACCAACAACCCACCCACAAAGGAACCAUCACAGAUUGAAAGCAAUGUGACGAUAAAUGCGGGAGAGUCGGCUACAAUAGUGAAAUCAAAUGGCACCGUACUGCAAGAACAAGACACGGUGUGGACUGGUGACACUGCAAUGAUACGGACAGCACCGGCGUAUUCAUUCUACGCACCGGAAACUCACAUCGCAAAGGGUUCAUUUAUUCUCCACACGUCUCGGGAUAUCUUGGAGUAUCUGCAGCAAUGGCUAUCGGUAGCGUACCCACUUUCCAAGCUGGACUUUGUAGCGCUACCGUCACUGCUUGACGAUUUGUCCAGCUCGCUUGGAUUGAUCGUGUGUCGAACGUCCUUCCUGAACGAACCUACCGCCAUCUCGUCUAAGGAGUAUCACAUGUCGGUGGUAAAAAUUUCUGAAGGCAUCGUUAAGCAAUACUUUGGCGGACUCAUCUCUCCGAAGGCCUGGAAGCACAAAUGGCUGUGGGAGGGUCUGAUACGCUACUUGAGCCGAUUUCUGUUGGCCACCAUUCAACCGCUAUGGCCGAUGAAGGAACUGUUUCUGAUCGAUACGUUAACGAAGGCGUUGGACAUUGAUGCGUUGCAGGGCUGGGAAAGUAUCAGUGUCGGUGCGAGUGACUCCGGCAACAAUGAUCCAUUUUACGUUGACAAAUCGGCGGCCCUUAUGUCGAUGCUGCAGUCUGCUAUUGGAGAGCGAAACUUUCGGCAGUGUCUGGGCAAGUUUCUGAAAACUUACCAGUUUCAAACGGCUGAACCCAGCGAUCUGUGGGCGAUCUGUGCGAAACAGGUUAACAACAGCAAGUACGUGAAGGAAAUGAUGAAUCAAUGGACCAAUACGGCCGCCUUCCCUCUACUGAACGUGACGAUGAAUGGGACCAGUCUCAUUGUGAGACAGACAGGAUUCCGGCCGGCUGAGUACCUGGCAAUCUACGACGAACCGACGGAAGAGAUCGAGCUGGAAGGAGAGGCAGCGCGAACGACCACAACCACGGCUGCACCGGUCGAUCCGACGGGAAAAAGUGGCCCCGAUGCAGGGUCACGGUGGAUCUUUCCCAUUCAUUACAUCACGGAUGUGCUGAACACAAAUGAAACAUCAAUCGAAAACAAGGAACAACAAAGUUUAAUCAUCUGGCUUAACUCGAGCGAAGUGAUAAUCACAUUAAACCAUACCGCACAAUGGAUCAAACUAAAUCACGGCCAAACGGGAUACUAUCGUGUUCUAUACGAUGAAGCGAACUGGGCUAAACUGGUAGAACAGAUGCAAAUCAACAAUGCCGUUUUUAGUACGCAGGAUCGCGUCGGAUUGGUUUCGGAUAUAUUCACCCUGUGUCAUGCUAAUCUCAUACCAUGCCACGCCGCAAUGGAGCUCAUAUCGUACUUUCCAAAGGAAAAAGAAUGGGGCCCAAUCGUACUGGGUACUAGCCAUCUUGAGAAGUGGCGAAAAAUUCUCAAAUAUUCCGAGUGCUACCUUGUAUUGGCCGAAUACGUGCGACAAAAUUUGGAGAAAUCGAUUCAAGUGCUCGGCUGGGAAGAUACGGGCGAAGAUGAAACUAAGCUGCUUCGUCCCGUGCUGAUGCUUAGUGCGGCACUCUGGGAGGAAGCGGAAACGAUCAAAUUUGCCAAGGGGUUGGUAACCAACUUUACCACCCACUCGAUACCGAUACCUCCAAAUCUGCGCUCCGUAGCCUACAUCGGUUCGGUUCUGUCUGGUGAAUUCCAGUACUGGCAGUUCUGCUGGGAUCGCUACAUGGCCGUUCGUCGCGAAAAGAGCUCAGUAUUGGAGGAGCGCAUGGAGUUAUUACGUGCGCUAGGUGUCACUAAGGACGCUUGGUUACAGAACAGGCUGCUCUCGCACGUCAUCACACUUCCCGUGUUUGAGAUCGUACAAGUGCUGGACGCAAUUGCCGGAACUCCGACAGGUGGUGCUAUGGCGUGUCGAUUUUUACAGGCAAAAUGGUUCGACUUCCAGUCUAAGCUUGGCCGUGGCACAGUACAGUUCGCUCGAGUUAUCUCCGCUAUCACGCAGUAUGGUUCGACCAAGUUUGACUACGAUGAGCUGAAAUCAUUGGUGGAACGGUUUGGAGACGGGCCAGGCCUAAAGCUGCUUAACAUGACGCUCAGUACGGUGGCGGCUAACGUGGAGUGGGUAAGCCGCUCGCAAGCAUCCAUAUACAGCUGGAUCGAGAGCAAAUAUCACUUUUGAUUAGAGCACCGAGCAAUAGGGGAUGAGGACUAGAUUUCAUUUCUCUUACAAUCCAAGAUUCUUCAUCGA